AUGACCUUGUCACAAAGAUUCGCCUAUCAUUCGGAACUAGGGAAAACCUACGUCAAAUUUUGGGACCAACAAUACGGAGAAUCGGUCACAGAUUACGAAACGCGAUUCCGGGCUCUGCAAUUGAAAGCACAAAGACGACUUGACACGGAUCCGACGGCAGAUUACUGGAUCACGAUCCACGGUAUUAGAUUAAAUAUGAGGGAAGCCUUCCUCGCCGGACUCAGAAGAGACAUCAAGAGCAUGGUUUUUCCCCUGACUCCGGCAUCUUUUGACGAGGCCGUCGGACUCGCGGUCACGAUCGAGUCGAAAAUAAAAGAAACCGAGGAUUUCGAACAGUUACGGAGGCUACAUGCAAGAUCAAUCGAUGAUGACGCGAUUGAGGCUGAUUUGAGAGCGAUGAACAUCAGGUUCGCAAACUCCACAAAAGCCGACGGACAGAAACGUGCAGUCCGAAACGAAAAGAACAAACCCGAGUACAGAGGGCGGAAACAGUCAGACAAACGGGUGAGGAAACCUAAUACCAACGAUAACAUUUGCUACAGAUGUGCCAAACCGGGGCACUAUGCACGGGAUUGUAGAACCCCCGCUCACCUAAUAAAAAAACAACAACGUCCAACGAACAAAAUCGCGACCGAAGAAAAAAGAGAAGAUCCAAAGAAUGACCCGGAGGCGGUCGCGAGUACCAGCCAAAAUUUAAACUAA